GCAAUCAAGCGGUAGAGACUAGAGAGAGCACAAGCUACGGAUGAGCAUGGCGGGCAACCCUUUCAGAAAGUCCCAAUUCCUGUCGCUGGAUGUUGGAGCGGCGCGCGAAGCAGCAGCGGCCGACCUAAGACUCGACACUAGUCAGCCAGCGACAACAGCGACAAACACACAGACCAAGCCAAAAGGAAAGGUGCAGAAGAAGGUUCGCAUCUUGUCGCCUGUCGUCAGUCCGGAUACACCGGCCGCCCACCAAGAACAUGACCCCUUCAACUCAUACCUCAACCCUGUGGGGCAGUCUGCAUCCAUACCACCAACCACCGAAGACCAAGACAUCGACGUCGCUCGCGAGCUACGCAAGUCCUUUAUCGAGUCACUGGCAAGGGGAGCCUCCAAGCCCAACACUGAGCUCACUGGGGCCGCUGCGCCGAUAGCUCCAGCGAUAGCUCCAGCUCCAUCGACCUAUCCAGCUUCCGUACCUUCUCCUCUACCAGAAAAGAUGGAGAACCCCUCCCAACCAGUUCAAGCACCAUACAAUCCCUUUGCCAAAACGCUGGCUACCAUUGAUCCUCAGAAUGCCUCGUCGGCUCCUGUCGGACUAUCAAGGGAUGUAUCCGCUCCUUCCGCAAAGCCGGCCAUGGAUGUUGAUGCUUUCACACGCAUGCUGUUGACCGGCAACACCCCGUCUGCUUCUCCUGGGCCCAUGACUCCAUCGAGCCGUCUUCCAUCUGGCAGGACCAACUCUCUCGGCGACCUUCACCCCGAGUCUCCCUCUGCUUCCGACGACGAACAUCACGAUGAUCCUCCGGAUCAGGACUACGAGCAAUUGACUGGCUUGGUCAAGACUCCAGAAGCACACUCCAAGAAACAAAAGCCGCCACCACCUGCACAUCAUCAUGGGAAAGCCCUCCCUCCAACGCGAAAGGGCCCGCAAACUGUCUCUUUUGCCGACUUUGAUGUUCCUGCCACCCCUCCCGCCCUCCCGUCUCCCUCGCUGGCCUCUCCAAAGCCACAGCUCAUGAGGUCUCCUUCUGAUCUAAACAAACCUCUGCCUCCGCCUCCUCCGCCGCAUCAAUCACCUAGUCCAGAGGUGGCUCCUCCUAUCACUCUAGACCAAGCUGAUGGGCCAGCUCAAUCACCUCAGCUUCCUGCCGAAGACUUCUACCUUCAGUUCAAAAAAGCUCCCCCUCCACCUCUUUCCCGCAGAAGCAGUCAAUUGCGAAGCGGCAGCGGCCGACCUCGCAGUAGCUCCAAUCUAUCUCGCUCCUCAGUACCAGACGAUUACUCCGAUGGCACCGCAACGCCACCCUCAAAACCACCUCCACCUCCAGCACGACGCGUCCCUCACAGCGUAGAACCCGAUCUACCGCCUCCAUCAGCACGUCCUCCCCUCCCACCUCCCCCUCGCAACGCCAAACAAAGACCCCAAAGCGUCAGCCGCACACCCUCCACAACUUCCGUAGGCUCAAUAAACAGCCGUACCCAACAACCAGCCAUGCCGCCUCCACCACCUCCACGCCGAGGAGAAAACAAACGCAGAAGUCUCGAUGGCACUAUGCUAGGUAUUUCUGCGCCCAGCUCACGUCGCAUGAGCGAUACAAGUCGCAGAUCCAGCGGUGCUAGUUUCGGCGGCAGGACAUCUUCUGUGUCCUCUAUCCCUACGGUCGAUGAGGGUGACUCUGGUGGUGAGGAUAGGAGUUUCAACGCUACGCCGCAGCCGGAGAUGCAGAGUGCCGCUGCCGCUUCAGGUGGAGGACCCGAUAUAUUGGCUGAUAUGUCGGCUAUGCAGGCUGAGAUUGAUGCUUUGAUGGCAAGGUCGAAGGGCACGUGAUUGCCACAGAAAGAGAAGGUGGGUGGACCGAACGAUGUUUUCCUCAUUUCUCCAUCACAACGAAUUCAUGUCAAAGGUGUUUCAGUGUUUCAUUCUUGGGUAUAGAAAGGGGUGCUUCUCUAUUGAUACAAAGAACUAUUUCCUUUUCUGCCCUCUUGUUCGUUUUGAUUGAUCUCCUCUCAUCCUAUUGCUGGCUUUCCUUCUUCUUUUUCUCUCUUGAAUCGAGCUGGUUAUGCCGCCUCUUGUUCGCUUGCCCGUUGUCUCAUGUAUUGCCAUUGUGUGAUUUACAUGACAGCAUUCCCUUCUCUUUAUUUCUCUAUCCAUAUCCACGC